AUGGCAGACGAUGGGGGCUUGCAACAGGAGAUCCUCCAGAAAACGCUUCGAGAGGUGGGGGAAGAAGACAGAGAGGUUGACCCCUGUGUGAUCUGCCUAGAAUUCAUCACCGAACCCAGCAUCGCAAAGCCGUGCAACCAUACGAACUUUGACUUCUUAUGCCUUGUCAGCUGGCUGGAGCAACAGCCGAACUGUCCUUUAUGUAAGACUCAACUCACCGAGGUUCAGUAUGACCUUGAAGCCCCACAGGGUCCCAAAACAUACAAUGUGCCUCUUCAUGAUCGAACCGGACAACCAUCCGAAGACACUGGCGCGAGCCGCAGUGGUAUAACCGGAACCCGAAGACCAAGACCUCGACACCCAAGACCCCCUCAGUACCAGCAAACAUCCCCCGAAGACCGACUCGCCUCUCGGCGCAACGUGUAUCGCAACCAGACAUACUCUCUCCGGGUUGGAUCAAAUCGGUUAUCUCAGUAUAGCGAGGUGACACCAGAACACUUCGACCGAGACGAGGCGUUAGUGUCGCGCGCGCGGAAAUGGAUCCGGAGAGAGCUCCAGGUGUUUAGUUUCUUGAACCCGGAAGCAGAGAUGGAUGAAGAACGUGGACCGGGCCGAGUACCUCGCCCUGGGACCCAGAGAUUGGAGGAUCGAAGGGCUAACAAUGCCGAGUUCCUGCUCGAGUACGUUGUUGCGAUUCUGCGGACUGUCGAUAUCAAGGGCAGCGCUGGUCAAGCUGAAGAGCUGCUACGGGACUUCAUUGGGCGAGACCAAGCUCGUUUGUUCCUGCAUGAACUACUAGCAUGGCUGAGGAGUCCCUAUGUAACCUUGGAGGACUGGGAUCGCCAUGUGCAGUAUCCGAGACUGGCGCAGAGGUCUACCAAUCUGGAUGAGCGAGAAUCCAAUCGUCGGGAUCGGCCAACUCGUCCAGUUCCCUCAGCUCGUGGUAGAGGCAGAAGUGCUUCCCCGACUCGGGAUACUGACAGAAGUUUGUUUGAUCGGAUCACAAGACCUAAUACUCAAUUGGGCGCUAUACCCAGAGUGACACGGCCCCGGUCUCAGCCUUACAAUCGCCGUUCUAGACCACCGCGACACCUACUCGAUCGAUAUAUCCCAGAUUAG